AUGAGUUGUCUCACAAUUAUAUGUCCAAACGCGAAGCGGGUUCAAGUCAAGACUACACCGAUGAUGUUAAUAAGACAAGUUCUGGAAGAGGCAUGCCUCAAAAGUGGAUUUGAAGUAAAUAGCCAUCGCCUUCAAACGCAAUCUCGGAAACCAGUCGACCCGUCGCUUCCAUUUCGUCUCUCGGGUCUUGCUAAUAAUGCAACACUCGAAAUGACACAAAAAGAAGCUUUAUCUGAAAACGCUGUUAUCGAUUUGGCGAUUCAGGCGACUUCGGGCUCUCGUCACCAAAAGAAAGUUGGUGUAAAUGUGAUGCUUUCCGAUAUAUUGAAAGAAUUCACAGCAGAGUUCGGAGAGAAUUUGGCAGACGUCGUCGAUGGAUCCGUUCCAUGUAUAGUUUACAUGAAUAAGCGAUACACCGGCGCUGAGUUGUCUGCGAAUUCUCUGUCAAGUCUCGGAGUUUCUACUGGAAAAUGUCUUGUCCGCCACAUGAGAGUCAAGCUAAACGCCGCGGAACUUUCAGCAAUGGAAACGAAGUUAAAAGAAGAAACAGAACGAAAGAAGGUGUUGGAUGCGAAUUUCGCAAAGUUAAAAGCUGAAAAUGAGGAGAGAGAUCGAUUGGAGAAGCAGAGACAAGAAGCUUUCGAAAAAGAUAAAGAAGCGAGAGAGAAAAGAGAACAGGAACAGUUGAAAGCGAUUCUUCCAGAGACAAGUAGUGCUCAGGAAACCACUUCCAUGGACACUUCUGAAUUCCAACAUCGUGAUGUUCUUCAAGAAGUUCCAGUGCAAAAUCCCAAUUCCUGGUCUUUCGAUGGACCGGCUUUCUCCCGUCAAACCCCUCAAAGUGCCAUGAAAUUGGAAGAAUUGAAUCGACUCCUCGAACGUGUCGACAACUCACUUACAAACACCGCAGUGGAGUCGAGAAUGGAUGCUAUGGUUAAUGCGUUGGCUGAUGGUGGAAGAAUCUCACUUGCUGAAGUUCGUACACGCGCUGAUGUUGCAAUGGAAGAGGAGAAGGAGCCUGUUGAAGUAUUUUCGGAUCCAUGUGAGAGAAAUGCCGUGGUUUUCAAGAAAGGAACAAAAGUCCAAAAAGAAGAGCCAAUGGAGACAGAAGAAUUCUUCGAAGUUGGUGUUGAGGACAUCCGAAAUAUGCAGAAAGAUCUCCGCAGAGCUGUGCGCGAUCAGACUCAAGCAAGCUUCGUUUCGAAGGAUUAUCUCCACAAGAAGAAUCGUCAGCUGAAAAUGGAGGCUUAUCAGCAUACAGUGAUUCGUGUAAAUGUUGGAGAGCAUGUGCUUCAAGCCUGCUUCAAUAGCACUGAGCAAAGUUCCAAUCUCGAUAUUUUCAUGAAGAGUGUAUUCAAGACAACCGAUUGGAAAUUGUUGUUCACCAAUAUGAAAGUGGUUACCAGUGAAACCAAGAACUUCGUCGACUUGGAACUCGCUCCGAAAUCUACUUUGAUCGCUAGUUUUGGAGGACAUGCUGUGAAUGCCGCUGAUGUUCUUCAUAAUAUCAAUGAAGUCACUCAGGAGGUGGCCAACACUAUUUCGGAUAAUUGGCUCGCGGCUAACAAAUCUUUCAUACCAUUCAACUCGACAGUCAACGAGGAUCGCAAACAGAAGAGAUCCACUAUUCAAGCCUCCACAUCGCCAUCAAGCUCCGGGCCACCAGCGAAGUCGGCAAUGCCAAAAUGGUUGCAAACUGGCAAAAAGUGA